AUGGAUGUCGAACUAUAUCAUCAAGAAGAAUUGUCUUUGUUUACGUCACCGAUAUCCGACCAGUCCUUGCAAUCGCGGGAAUGGAUACAAUAUAAACCCGUCGGUCAAGUUAAUUCGGGAUCGGCUAUAGAGUUCAAUAUUCCUGCACAAUCUUCCGCCUAUAUCGACCUCAAAAGGAGCGUGUUACGCGUUAAACUGGCAAUCGUUGACGGUGAUGGAACUGACUUGGACGAAAAUGUCAUAACCACACUGAUCAAUUUACCUUUUCACACCAUAUUCGGUCAGGUGGACGUUUCUCUACAACAAACUACCUUAUCUCACAACGGAGCAAAUUACCCUUACAAAGCCUAUAUCGAUACUAUACUACGGACGAACAAACAAAUUCAAGAUAAUCUUCUGGGUUGUCAAAUGUUCUACAAGGACACCGGUGAUGUUAGUACAAGCGAUGCUAAAACUGGCAGCAACGAAGGUCUCAAAACGAGAUACUCUAAAACUAAAGGAAGCUCUAUUGUUGACCUGGAAGGACCCUUACACAUCGAACUCUUUCGACAGUCAAAAUUACUCAUCAACGGCGUGUCGAUCGGCCUGAAACUACACCACGCUCGAGAUGCAUUCAGAAUCAUCACAGACAGUAUGGCUCCUAGUUAUAAAGUGAAAAUCACUGACGCGUCUUUCAACUUAUGUAUUCAGAGACUUAAUGGAGCCUUCUACCUGGCACAGGAAAAGCUUAUACAGGAUAUGCCAGCUAUUUACCCCUACUUGAGGUCGGAGUUGAAAUCAUCGGCCAUAGCUUCUGGACAGUAUAGUUUUAGCGCCGACGACGUGUUUCAAGGUUUGAUUCCCAGUAAACUCAUCGUCGGACUGGUGUCAAGCAACUCGUUUAACGGCGAUUACUCAAAAAAUCCGUUCGACUUUAAACACUUCAACUGUAAUUUCAUCGGAUUUUACAUCGACGGACAAUCUAUCCCGUCACAACCUCUACAACCGAAUUAUUCUGCCAAUCAGUACGUGGACUGCUACAGAGGUUUGGGACUCUAUAGAAAUGACAUUGACGUUACCCUGGAAGAUUAUAAGAACGGGUAUUGUUUGUACGUGCUGGACAUUGACCCGUACCACUCCUUCAACACCAAAAGAAGGGGACAUUGUCGCUUAGAGCUCAAAUUUGCCGUUGCCUUGCCAGAGAGUGUCACCUUAAUCAUGUACGCUUCAUUUCCAGAAACGCUGAACAUAGACAAAUCCAGGGCAGUUUUCUUAAAAUGA